AGAACUAUACUUUAGGAAUUCUUCAUAAACUGCAUGAUCGAAAUUUCAAUCGGCCUGAUUAAUAUUUCAUUUAACAAUUUAAAUUAUCAUCAUCGUUUUUUUUUGAAUAAUGUCUAUUUUAGCUGCAGCCAAUAAGCGAGUGGUAUAUUGUGGUGGAUUGUCAGAAGAAGUGGAUGAGAAAAUUAUCAAAUCUGCUUUUCUCACUUUCGGUGAAAUUAUCGAUGUAAACAUGCCCAUAGAUUAUAUCACUCAGAAACAUAAAGGUUUCGCAUUUAUUGAAUUUGAAACGGCUGAAGAUGCAGCAGCAGCCAUCGAUAAUAUGAACGACUCGGAAAUAUUUGGAAGAACGAUUCGAGUUAAUUUGGCAAAACCAGUUAAACUUCGUGAAGCUUCACAAAAAGCUGUUUGGGCUGAUGAUGAAUGGUUGGCUAAACAUGCCGGUAAAACUUUAGAUUCUCAAUUCAGUAUUGAUAAAAAAGAAACUUUGGAACCAAAUGAGGACGAUGACAAUGAUGACCAAGAAAAAGACACAGCAGAUGAAUCGGCAGGUUUGAGCGAAAAGAUGCAAACCAAUCCUCAAGUAUUUUUCGAUAUUCGUGUUGAUAAUCAAUACUGUGGUCGUAUUGUCAUAUUGCUUCGAAAAGAUGUUGUUCCAAAAACGACCGAAAAUUUUCGUUGUCUUUGUACGCAUGAAAAAGGAUUCGGUUUUCGCGGUAGUAUAUUUCACAGAAUCAUUCCUGGUUUUAUGAUCCAAGGCGGUGAUUUCACCAAUCACAAUGGUACAGGCGGAAAAUCGAUUUAUGGACGAAAAUUUGAGGAUGAAAAUUUUCAACUAAAACACACUGGAGCAGGAACCUUGUCGAUGGCCAAUUCAGGACCGAAUACGAAUGGUUCACAAUUUUUCAUCACCGCCUCCCGAACAGAAUGGUUAGAUGGUAAACAUGUCGUGUUUGGGCAAGUGAUGCAAGGAAUGGACAUUGUCCGAAAAAUAGAAGAAUGUGGCAGUAAAAGCGGAAAACCGAACAAACGCGUUAAAAUUGCAAAUUGCGGGGAAUUUGUUUGAAUUUUAUUUAAUAAUUUUUGU